AUGUACAAGAAAGGUGAAGGUGUUCCGGACUUUGUCCUGAUGAACCAGAUCACCGAGAAUGAGUUCAUAGAGAAUCUCAUCACACGUCACAAGGCUGACCAAAUCUACACAUACAUUGGCGAUGUAGUCAUCUCAUCCAAUCCUUUCAAGAAGAUGAACAUCUAUAACGAUAGCGACAUAAAGUCAUACAAUGGACGAUACAAAUAUGAAAUGCCUCCACAUAUUUAUGCAUUGGCAAACGAUGCCUAUAGAUCAAUGAAGCAGAACCAGGAGAAACAAUGUGUCAUUAUCAGUGGAGAGUCUGGUGCUGGAAAGACAGAGGCAAGCAAGAAAAUCAUGCAGUUCUUGGCCUUUGUAAGCAACAAAGCAACUUUGGAGGGAGACAGGAUCACAAAGAUGUUGUUAGAGUCCAAUCCCUUGUUGGAGGCAUUUGGCAAUGCAAAGACAUUGAGAAACGACAACAGCUCUCGUUUCGGCAAAUAUAUGGAGAUGCAAUUCAAUCAAGCUGGUGUACCAACUGGUGGAAAGAUCACAAACUACUUAUUGGAGAAGUCCAGAGUUGUUGGUCGAGCCAAUGGCGAAAGGAGUUUCCAUAUCUUCUAUCAAUUGCUCAAAGGAUUACCACAGAACAAGUUGUCUGAACUAGGACUCACCUCAAAUGCACAAGCCUAUAACUAUCUGAAAGUGAGCAACUGUGUCGAUGUCAAUACGAUCGAUGAUGUUGCUGACUUCAAAGCUGUCUUGAGAGCGAUGGACACACUUGGUCUGAAGGAGAAUGAGCAGAUAUCUAUUUGGAGAUCUCUGGCAGCUAUCCUACACAUUGGAAACAUCACUUUUGCCGACCUACCCGAACAAAAGGUUGGACAGAACCAUGUCGGUGUCUCAGACACCAAGUCUUUGGCAGCGGCUGCCAGCUGUCUAAAGGUGGAUCAACAAUUUCUGUCACGUGCACUCACUUAUCGUUCGAUCAACACUGGUGUUGGAAAGCGAUACUCUGUGAUUGCUGUGCCACUGGACAAUGCACAGGCAGUGUUCUCACGUGAUGCCUUGGCCAAGGCUCUCUACGAACGUUUGUUCCAAUGGCUCGUGUCCAGGAUCAAUCAUGAGAUCAACUGUAAUGAGAAAGGAUUGGUCAUUGGCAUCCUUGAUAUUUAUGGUUUCGAGGUGUUUGAUAAAAACAGCUUCGAACAAUUGAAUAUCAACUACUGUAAUGAGAAGCUCCAACAACUCUUUAUCGAGUUGACACUCAAGAGUGAGCAGGAGGAGUAUAUCAGAGAGGGUAUCGAGUGGAAGAAUAUCGAGUACUUCAACAACAAACCAAUCUGUGAGCUCAUCGAGAAGAAGGUCAUGGGUAUGUUUUCAUUGUUGGAUGAAUCAUGUCUAAUUGCCAAGUCAACGGACCAAACGUUCCUCAACCAAAUAGAAAGUACAUUCGAAAAGAAUGCACACUUUCAGAGCUAUCAGAGCACAAGGGAUCGAUCGAUUGGAGAGAACUGCUUUAGACUUAAGCAUUAUGCAGGUGAUGUCACCUAUGAUGUCACUGGCUUCUUGGACAAGAACAAGGACACCUUGUUUAUGGAUCUGAUCAACGCAAUGCAAACAUCAUCCGAUCCACUUGUGAGGAGCAUCUUCCCAUCACCCAAGCCAGAAGACUCAAAGAAGAGACCAGAGACAGCAGGUUCACAGUUUAGGACCGCCAUGAAUGCCCUGAUCGCCACACUUUUGGCAUGCUCACCUCACUAUGUCCGAUGCAUCAAAUCCAAUGAUAACAAACAGCCUGGUGUCAUUGAUGAGGAGCGAGUCCGCCAUCAGGUCAGAUACUUGGGUCUCCUAGAGAAUGUCAGAGUGCGCCGUGCCGGAUUUGCCAACCGUCAGACAUACGAGCGUUUCUCACAACGCUACAAGAUGACAUCAAAGAGCACGUGGCCCACCUUCAAGGGCUCUGCCAAGCAAGCGGUUGAGGCCAUUCUUGCAGCGCACAACAUCUCCAAGGAGGAGUAUCGCUUGGGAAAGACAAAGGUCUUUAUUAGGAAUCCUACCACACUCUUCUUCUUUGAGGAGAAACGUGAGGCCGAGCUACCAAGGAUCGCCACUUUGAUCCAAAAGACAUGGAGAGGUUACGUGGCACGUAGUAAGUGGAACCAACGCAAGGCAGCCAUUAAGAUACAACUGUUCUAUCGUGGUUAUCGCUUCAAGAAGUGGUUCCGUGAGUUGAACCGCGUCAUGACUGGCGUCAAAGCAGAUCCCAAGUGGGGCAAGAACAUCUUGUGGCCAAAGCAUCCCACUGUUCUCAACCGUGCCGUAGAGCUCCUACACAAAGUACACAACACUUGGCGUGCAGAGAAGAUGGUCCUCUCCUUGGGUGGUGGUGCUCCUGCUAUGCGUCAGAAGGUUCUGGCCCUCGAUCUAUUCCGAGGCAACAAGCCUUGGAGUUGCUCGCGAGUAUUUGAUGCCGACUACCUGGAGAAGACCACCAAUCCAUAUCAGGCCAAAUACGUGGCAGCGAUGCAGUCACUGUUCCAGACCUACGGUGACACAGAGGUACUGUUUGCCGACUAUGUCAUCAAGGUGAAUCCAAAGGGCACACCACAAAAGAGAGGUAUCGUGGUCACCAAUGCCAACAUCUACAAGCAUGACCCCAAGAACUAUAAGGUCAAGAAGUAUGGCACACCUCUGGUCGAUAUCACUUCCAUAUCAGUGUCACCCAAUCGUGAUACUUUCCUUGUGAUCCACUGCAAGCCACCCCAGCGUGACUUUGUCCUCGACCUGGGCAUCAACGGAUAUGAAGCUGUCUCUGAGAUUGUCACAGUUCUCGUCCAACAAGUUCAGAGACUUACUGGUGUGAGGUUGAAGGUGCAAUUCACUCAAUCGAUCACCUAUAACAAUGCCCGUCCAAAGGGUGCUGAUACGAUGCUAACGUUCCAGGCGUCGACCGAUCCAAAACUUAACGGCUCGGCGUUUAAGAAGGAUCGGUGUUGUCAUCUUUGGGUCCCAAGCUCGUUGUACAACUCUAAAUCAAGCUUCAGACCUGGGGUGACGUCACAAAAAAACUAA